CCCUACGGGAACUGUUCUGUGAUUUGUGGGAAAUGGUGGUGUCCUAGCAACUAGGCUAUCUAGUAGCUACUGACGAUUCCAAUGACUCCUUAUAAAGAAACGGCCGGGCAGGAACGAAAGCGAGUCGGUCCAGCCGCUUUUCGGAGUUUGAGAAAGGAAGAGAAGCGGCCUUUCGAAUUGCUAGCACCGCUGUUCAGCGCCUUUUCCCAAGGUUUCGGUUUUCACAGAAGCUCAGCAACUUCUGUCCCUAGUUCCUCUUGGUCGUGCUAUCCAACUGUCGUCUUGAAGCUGCCCCGAGUUUUUAGAAUAGUACCCUGGUAAAAAGUGGGGAGGCGAGAUCCCUUUGCAACCCACACCUCACCCGCCGAAGGAUGCUUGAGUCUAUUCGAGUCACUGAAAAGCUUCACUGGCCAGAGCAAGAACUGUCCAAGAAGUCCAUCUUGAAGCCUGCAGAACAGAAAUUUCUUUGCAUGAAUGACACCAGAAGUGUUAAGUCCUGCAUCCUUAAGGACAACUUCACUACAGGGACAAGCAGCUACAAUGUUUUGCUGCAGAGCAAAGAGGAAAAAAAACAUCAGAAACAUUCAUCAACCCACCACAAAAGACUCCGGAAGCCCACCAAACCCAUUCAUAGCUCACACAGUAAUGAACGCCACAAGGUUAAGACACCACUGUUCAUUCCCCCAAAUGGGUGGUGCUGUUUCAAAAGGCACUCCUCCUAUUUUAUUCCCAACUCACUCCGCAAUGGGAUUAAAUUAGCACAAAGUAUUUCAGUAACAGGGAACAGCAUAGGAUUGUCAACACCACCAAAGAACAAAUCUAAAAAACAUUUUACCUUUAGCCUAGGAAAGUCCAAACAUUUGCAAACAUCUAAAAGCUGCUUAAAAGAUGGAGAUGCCACUGGUCGAAAGUUUUGUAUCCUCACUGCAAUCAAGCCUUCCAAUGUGGAAAGAGAGAAGCUAAAGUUCUUCAAAUCAGAUUUUACCUCUAACCCACAGUUUGAAUAUGCAAGUUCUGUCCUGCCCAGUGUACUUGAAAAGUACAGCCAAGCAUCCAGCUUAUUUCUUAAACAGGCUAUCAGAAUUAUGGAACUCACUUUGCAAAAAUAUGGAAGCUAUGAAAAUUUUGAACAGUCCACCGGAGGAAGCCUGCUGCCUAGGAGUCGCAUCUGGAAUCAUGUCCGAAAAUAUAUGGCGAAAGAAGGCUGCCUGGGCGAGAUUGUGGUUCAUCUUUCUGAAGAUUUGCUUUCUCGGGCGUCAAUGACUGUGGUGAAUGGCCGUCCAACUCUUACUAUCAAUAUUUCCACUGCAAGGGAACAUUGGUUAGAAGGGAUGCUCAGGCAUGAAAUAGGAACCCAUUAUCUUAGGGGGCUUAACAACAAUAGCCAAUUAUGGAACAAUUUGAGUGGGCGCCGGAAGCACGGGUUAAAACCCAUCAACCCCACUGAGGAAGGCCUGGCCAGCAUUCACAGUGUUCUGUUUCGAAAAGAUCCUUUCCUGUGGCGGGCUGCCCUCCUGUAUUACACUGUCUACCAAGCCAGUCAAAUGUCCUUCAGUGACCUCUUUCAGGACAUUGGGAAGUUUGUCACUGAACCCAAUACUAGAUGGGAUUAUUGUGUUCGAGCCAAGAGGGGUUGGACUGAUACUUCACAACCAGGGUGCUUUAGUAAAGAUCAGGUCUACUUGGAUGGCAUCCUACGACUUCUGAGAUACCGACAUUCUAUUGAUUUCUACUUAUUGACAGCUCUAGGAAAGGUUUCAUAUGAAGAUGUGGAUCGUCUGAAGGAUUUAGGAAUGACUGAAAACAUGAGAGUGCCACAUUUUUUGCAAGACUAUUCUCGGUACAUGGAACAUUUAGAAAAGAUCAUGGAAGUCAAUGAGAUAUCUGACACUGAACUCCAAGCUCUUGUAUCCUAAACCAACCUAUAUCUCUGUUUCACAUGAGUCACUCUUAUGUUUUAGUGCUGAUAUAACUCAUAUAUUAAUUGAACUUAUUUUUGAUCCCUGGCAAAACCCUUAUUUUUGAUCCCUGGCAAAACCCAUAUUUUUUGGACCUGGCUUGUUUUUUAAGACUGAAAAACUCUAGCUACAAAUUUGAAACAUUGUUUUCAUAGAAAGAAAAUUCCCAUUUUAAAAUGGCAGUUUUAAGUAUGAAGCUAUAUGUAAACCAAGCAGAUUAAAUUGUAGCUGUAACACAGACAUAUCUUUUAAGAAAUUAUUGUGUAGAUUUAUCAAUAGCACAUUUUCAGAUUCUACUGGCUUUUGUAUUGUCUCUCUAGAGUACACUAUUUAAUAUUUGGGGGGGUUAACUUUUUUUGAUUUGUUAGCCAAUUGUCUUUUGCUAUAUCAAUAGGGUCAAUGCCCUACUGUGGGGUUUGCUAUCACCAUACUCACAAUCUGUGCUUUAACCAUUAGAAUUGCAAGGAUACUACUAAAUGCUUGAAAGGUACUGGAAGCAUGGCUAUGUUUCAUGACUAUGGUUGUAUGCUGUAGUUUUGUGGAUUUUGCAUUUACAGUGUAUAAUCCAUUUGAUGUCGGUUUGUCUCAUUGAAAUUCAGUAAUGGGAAUUAUGUGAAAGAGCAGAGAAGGAAAAUGAUCUCCUGUCAUGUUUAUUAGUUUCCUAAGCGCAUUCCACUGACUUGUCUUUAUAUUUUCAUAUUUCAGAAAAUUUAAGGAGAUGACAUUUUGUUCUUUAUUUUAUUUUUGAUCAUGUAUAAAUAAAUUUACAAAAGGAAAUUGGAAAGAAAUAAAACUUGGAAUUCUUUUUUUAAAUCCUCUAUUUCCGACUCGCACUGAAAUAUAUUGAUAUAUAAAUAAUUCUUUCUCUGUUUGUUACUGAUAUAGUUAUAAAAAGGCUCUAUAGUGUAAUGCUUGUGAGAUAUUUUGUUUUAUUAAUAUAGAGUGCUUAUGCAUGACUGCAAAAGUACUGAAGCCUAUUAGAAAAGUUUAGGCUAGCCUACCAUGUUUUUCUUUUUUUCUUUUUUAAGACAUUGAUGUUUUUGUUUUUGGCACAUAUAUAUUUAUUACAGUGAUGGGAUGUAGAACUGUACACCCAUUUUAGAGUAGGUUUUCCAAAUUCUUCCACACAUCUUAACAUUAUUUAAUUAAAUGACAACCUAUUGAUGCAAAAACCUUAUAUAACAAGAAGACUGGAAAAAUUAAUAAUUCAUCAUACUAGAAUUGUGAAAAUAUUCUUCAGUACAAUGAUAGACAAAGACAGAUGGUACAAAGAUCAAAAAUAUGCAUUGAAUUUAUGCAAAUCAAUAUGUCUUGUUAUUAGUCUUGUUUAUGUUGGAUUCAUAAAAUGGAUCCAUAAACAUUAUUUCUGAACUGUGUGAAUUUCAUAGAGACACCUGUUGAUUUUAGAGAUCUCCGGUGUUACUAUUUAUACCAAAAUUCAAUUAAAUUAAUGAUCCAUCAUAAUACUUUUUUAACCCAGUUAAACAACAGCUUAUCUCCAAAUAAAGUCUAAAUGUUCAUUGUAUGUAUUGUUUAAUAUUGUUUUGAUAGCAUAGGCAAUGCACUGUGACUGAACCUUAUAUUAUUUCAGAGCAGAGCUGUUAUAACUGUAUGCUAUCAUUUAAAUGGUCCUAAUACAGCAUGUUAAUAUAGCUAAGGGUCAGUAUGUUUCUGCAUUUAUUUCUUAUCUGUUCUAAACCUAUCCCAUUAAAUCCAUUGCAAUUGUAGUGAAUAAAUAUAGUCUAGAGAAAAACAUAAUUCAGGGUUUUAGGGAGAAUAAAGUAACAAAUCUUUACCAAAAAAAUGAUGACUGGAGUCCAUGAAUGAGAGGAAUCAUUCUUGGUUGAACUGACCAACAAGUCUUGGCAUGAUGUUUUAUUUAUCUCUUAGGUAAAACAUAAAUCCAAUCUUAGAAUGUAAGUGUUGAAAAUAAUGAAUUUCACAAUAACUUUCAUAGAAUUUGGUGCAUUAACAAAAAUAACUUUCUUUUAUCUAUACUCAUUUUUCUCAAGCAAAAGUAUUUAGCAGCAAUAGUAUUUUUAUUGGGCAGUCUGAUCAUUCCCUUGUCCUCUAUCUAGAUUUUACAUACUGAAAGCAGUAUUUUCUUAUAUUGAAGAGUGAAUUCAAACAUACAGAUUAUAGACUUCACAUACUGAAUGUUCUAAUUUUACAUGCAAUGUUACCAUGUUCAAAUUAUUAGCAAUGUAUGUCAUUCUGCCCUGCGAAAUGUAAUUUUUACACCAAUAUGAAAAAAAUGUGAUAUAUGGAUAAUAUUUGUACAAGCAAAGUCACCUUCCGUUCACAAAGAAUGCUUUAGAAAUCUGGUGGAAUUUAUCUGUUAUUCUACCUUAGAAUACAUCAAUAAUUUGACAGUCAGCUGAUUUCUCCAUCAGAAGGACCUCCCUAUCAAUUCAUUUUAAUAAUGUGGUUUUUUUUUCUCUUUUUAUAAAAUAUUUUGGAUUUGUAAUUGUGGUUUUGUAAAGUUUUUCUGGAUUUUUUUUGUGACGAACCUGUUCUUAAGCAGUUUUAAUGAAGUAGUAAAAUAAAGUAUAUUUCUCCCAGACUGUCUCAUUAUGGUUAUAUAUAACCCAAAUGAAGUUAUUGCUAAAUAAAUGUAUUUGAACCAACAAGUACAAUUCUUUUAUCAAUUUAUCACAAUUUAAAAAGUAUGCUUAUAUUAUCAGAUAUGGGAUUAUGAAACAUAUAUCUGUAUGCUUGACUGUAAGCAUGCUUUAAGAAGUUAUACCAAGUCAACCAACCCAUUUGGCUUCAAUACAAAACAACAUUUCCCAAACUGUUUUCCUAUGUUACUUCACAACAUACAUAUACUCAUGUAAAGUUGUACAAACUCCAGAUUUAAAAAAAAGAUUCAGAAUAAUGUUUUACUUGUAUAGAACCUGGAUAUAUGUUUUUUUAAAAAGGCAACAGUUGAAUUAGGAAUAAGUCCUAAUAGCCAUGCUAGUUGGGACUUAUGGAGUUUUAAUUAUUAAUUAAAUUAUUAUUUUUUAAAAUUAAGUGAUCUAGAAGGCACCAGAUAAGGCUAACAUAAUCUGAAUUGUAAAGUGAUCAGCUUUUUAAUGAAUUUUGGAGGAGGAGUUUUUAUUUCAAAUGAUGCAUGACUCAAAACUCGUCUCUAGUUAAAGAGUAGGUAUUAUAUGCAAUAGCACUAAGGAUUUUUUUCUAUUGCUGAACUAUCUUUAGCAGAUAGCAGAAUGCUCAAGUCUGUUCUUCCAUGAGCUAUUAGGUUCAAUGAUAGUAUUUUAUUAGAAGCAGAAGAAAGGAAAUUGUGAACAAACACAAUAAGUGAAUUUUAUUUGCAAUUAUCCAGGUACAUCCAUCCUCAGAAACCCCCAUGUCUCCAUAAGUCACAAUC